CUCACCUCCAUCUAAAGAUAAGAUCCAUGACAACUGUUUGUUGACUCAAGCAUUCCACUGUUUUUCAUGAUCUUGAUACCAUUUCGACGCCGACCACCACUCCCUAGCAGAACUUCCAAACAGCCACCACCACCAGAAUGGACGUCAGCCAAACCCUCGCCGGCCACCCCACCACCAUCCACUGCAUUGACAUGCACACCACCGGGCAACCCACCCGGAUCAUCUACGCGGGGUACCCCAAGCUGACGGGCACCCUGCUGGCGCAGCGCGACCAAGCCCGCGAGCACCACGACCACAUCCGGCAGCAACUGAUGCUGGAACCGCGCGGCAACCCAGCGAUGUACGGGGCGAUCAUCUGCCCGGAGACGGAGCUGGUGAGGUCGGGGGAGGCCGACGUGGGGGUCCUGUUCGUGCACAACGAGGGCUACUCGACGAUGUGCGGCCACGCGACGCUGGCCCUGGGGCGAUUCCUGAUCGACACGCACGACACGAGCGUGUUCCCGCGCCGGCCUCACCUCGCCUUCAACGCCAGCACGCAAACCAUCCAGCUGAGACUCCAUGCGCCCUGCGGCGUCGUGAGCGUCCGUGUGCCCACCAACGCAGCGGGCACGCAAUCCGACCCCUCGCGGCCGGUCGCCUUCCUGUCGACCCCGGCCUACGCCACCGCCCUGCAACUGACCAUCCCGAUCCCCGCGGCCGCGCGCUGGCCCGAACUGCCGCCCACAAAGCACUCCAUCACCCUCGACAUCAGCUACGGCGGCGCCUUCUACGCCAUCGUCCCGGCCACCGAGCUCGGCUUCUUCGCCGGCGGGCUCCGUGGGGGUGUAGACCUCGCCGCCAUCACCCGCUGCAUGCAGCAGCUCAAACCCUACCUCGAGCGCCAGCCGGAGGUCGUCGCCGCCGUGCAGCACCCGGAGGACCCGCGGCUUUCGUUCCUGUACUCCAUCAUGAUCGUCGAUUCGGCGGUGGGCCUCCCGUCGGCCGAUGUGGCUGGUGCAGAGACGGGCCUCUGCUACUUCGCUGACAACCAGAUCGACCGGUCCCCGACGGGGUCGUGCGUGACGGCGCGCAUGGCCCUGGCCCAUGCGAAGGGGAAGCGGCCGGUGGGGCUGCGGUGGGCGUAUCACUCGCUGGUCUCAAACCAUUUUGGAACGGACGAGUUCUGCGCGGAGGUUGUCGAGGAGGUCGAAGGGCGGCGGCCGUCCGUGAUUGUCCGGGUGGAAGGUCGGGGGUUCUACACGGGCACGGCCUCGUUUAUGGUGGAAGCCGAGGAUCGAGUGUCGCGGAAGGGGUUCACGAUGGAGGGAGUAGCAGCGGCAGCAGCAGCAGCAUAGAUUAUGAUUUUAUGAUCAACCGAGAUGAAUACCACCAACAUGAACAUCCAGCCUAAAACCAUCCUUUCUUUCCCAACC